AUGGAACGGUCAGAGCUUGAGCAAACAGUCCAUGAUAAUCGAUGUGAUGAAAUAUCAGCCAUGUUCAAUAUGAUUAUGGAUAAGAAAAGAGUUGCAAAAGGUAUAUUUGAUAUGGAUCAUACAGCUAAGCCAGACAUAAAACCCCAACGCAAAGAACGAACAGGAAGAACGAAAAGAACCCGAUCUUCACUGCCAAAACCUAAAAACACCUCAAGUCCUAACAACAAGACAGAAACAAAUGCAGAAAAUUUAAUUGAUGGAGUGGAACCCUCACAACAAAGUACAAGUUUUGACUUCCUGGCUCUCUGUUCAGCUCCAACAUGGCUUGGCCCAGGAAGAAGACGUUCAGGCAGACGGAAAUCCCGCUGGCCGAACAUUAUUUCUUUUUGCCUACUCUCCCUAUCUAUCUAUCUAUCUAUCUAUCUAUCUAUCUAUCUAUCUAUCUAUCUAUCUAUCUAUCUAUCUAUCUAUCUACUUAAUUUUGCUUGA